AAUAUUGUUUGAUCUCUUCACCUACAUUUAAACAGAUGAAAACUGAGCAGAAAAGAUGGUUGAUCAUUUGUGUAGUUGCAACAUUUUUUAUGUCUAAUUCGAGUUGCAAUAAGGUUGUUCAAGGUGUCCCUCAAGUUCCAUGUUACUUCAUUUUUGGUGAUUCGCUAGCCGAUAAUGGAAAUAAUAACAGAAUCGCAACAAUGGCACGGGCAGAUUACUUGCCAUAUGGCAUUGAUUUCCCAAGAGGCUCGACCGGAAGGUUUUCCAACGGUAAAACCGUCGUUGAUGUUAUCACUGAACUUUUGGGCUUUAACGAUUAUAUUCAACCUUAUGCAAAUGCUAGCGGUCGUGAAAUACUUCGAGGUGUAAACUACGCCUCAGCAGCUGCAGGAAUCAGAGACGAAACUGGCCAACAAUUGGGUGCGCGCAUAAGCUUUGGCGGACAAGUAAAUAACUAUGUAACUACGGUUUCACAUAUCGUUGGUAUACUAGGAAAUGCUAAUUUGGCUGCAAAUCAUAUCAAGAAAUGCAUAUUUUCCAUCGGGUUGGGAAGCAACGAUUACCUAAACAAUUACUUCAUGCGGGAUUACUAUGAUACUAGUCAUAGAUACACCGCGAAAAAGUAUGCUGACGCUCUCAUUCAACAAUACGCUAAGCAGAUCAGGAUAUUGUACAACUAUGGAGCAAGAAAAUUUGUGUUCAAUGGGAUCGGGCCUAUUGGGUGCAGUCCAAACUCAUUGGCACAGUACAGCCAGGACGGGUCGACUUGCGUUGCAAAGAUUAACUCGGCUAAUCAAAUGUUUAACCGCCGGUUGAUAUCUCUAGUUGACUACUUUAACGAAAAUUUACCCGACGCCAAGUUCAUCUACAUCAACAAUUACGGCAUUUUCCGAGAUCUAAUUAACCGUCCUAAAAACUUUGGUUUCAGGGUAACAAAUAAAGGGUGUUGUGGGGUGGGGAGAAACAAUGGCCAAAUUACAUGUCUUCCGUUUCAAACACCAUGUCAAAAUAGAAACAAUUAUAUAUUUUGGGACGCUUUUCAUCCGACAGAAGCUGCGAGUACAAUUGUAGGUCGGAGAUCUUACAGCGCUGCAUCGUCCACAGAUGUGUACCCGAUUGAUAUUCGACGCUUGGCUCAACUGUAAACGUAGUACCACCAUCGCACGCGAUUAGUUUCAUAGUGUGUGUUAUGGGACCAAUCUGGAUUACCAAACCAUAUGGUGUACUUUUUAUAUAUGACAACUCGUGUUUUAGUUGAAUGGAUCACAUGUACAAUAAAGGUAGACAGUAAAUUGUGUCCCUACCA